AUGGCUUGGAAAAUGAACUAUGAAUUCAUAUUGAUAGGUUUGGGGUUUCUUUAUGUUACCAAUGCCUUCGACGACAGCCUUUUGAUCCCAUCAGAUGCGUCGCAAAUAGAUAACUGGUUCCAACAAAACGUCUUCACCUCCCCAGCCGGGCCUAAUUUGGACCCCGCAUUGAUCGCGGCUGAGUCCAACGUUACGAUCAUCAAAGUCAGGAAAGAUGGUUCGGGCGAUGUGUUGACAGUCACCGACGCUAUUAAUAAAAUUCCCGUUGGAAAUACAAAAAGGGUCAUUGUGUGGAUUGGUGGUGGGACUUACAACGAAAAGCCAAGGAUCAAUAGGGACAAGCCUUUUAUUACCUUGUAUGGUUCCCCCGACGACAGGCCCACCAUUAUUUUUGGUGGAACGUCGUCGCAAUAUGGGACCGUCGAAAGCGCCUCUGUUAUCGCAGAAUCUGAAUAUUUUGUUGCUUCUAAUAUCAUUUUCUCGAAUUCUGCAAGAAGGCCGUUUUCCGGAGAGAGGGGACAACAGGCCGUGGCUAUGAGGAUUACAGGGGACAAGGCCGCAUUCUACAACUGUCGCUUCCAUGGAUUUCAGGACACCCUUUGCGAUGACAAAGGUCGACAUUUCUUUAAGGACUGUUACAUUGAAGGAACCGUUGAUUUCAUAUUUGGCAAUGCCCAGUCCAUCUACCUGAAAUCAGAAAUUCACGUAAUCCCCGAGGACGAUAAGAUGGCUGUGAUAACUGCACAUGCAAGAAAAUCGGAUGCUGAGCCAACAGGUUACAUAUUCUUGCAUUGCAACGUUACGGGUACCAGCAACGUUACCUACUUGGGUAGGGCUUGGUUCCCUUACUCGAAGGUCAUCUUCGCCUACACUUACAUGUCCGGGGCGGUUCACCCAAGUGGAUGGUCCAAUAAUUAUCAAAAACAAUCAGAGAAGACCGUGUACUAUGGGGAAUACAAGGGCACAGGCCCGGGUUCAGAUAUGACUUCCCGUGUAGGCUUCACUAAGCAUCUAUCUGAUGCAGAGAUCAGCCCGUACAUGAAGUUAAACUUUUUAGAGGCUUCUAAAUGGCUCCUUCCACCUCCCGCAGAAGAUAAGUUAUCUAGCUAUACCGAAGCCAAGGAUGUCGAGCUUUAACAAGCUUGUUAUGAUC